AAUAAGCUCCGCCCGCUCGCACGCGCGCCGGUGAUCCAGCCCCUAAUACCGAGCUCGUCGGAAGCCCCACCCGUUCGGGCGCCGUCCGCGCGGCGCCUCGCGGGUGGCCAGGUAACCUACGCCCCCGUUCCAUCUUUUGCCCUGCCUUUCGCAGUAUUGGGUCGUAGCGCUCCGGUUCCACCCAGCCUUCUACCUCAGCCUCGAAGCGUGGGCGGGGCUGUUCUGACUUUAUGACUCGGCAUGCGUCUGGGGUGGUUACGCGUCCUGGGCUGCAGACCGGGCUCGGUGGUGUCCCGGGCGACCAUCGUUGAGGGUGCGUCAACGACAGCGGCGGGAUCCCGAGGGUGCCUGGAAAGAAUCCUCGAGUGGACGUUUGGCGGGGUCCGAGGUUUCAGAAGCGCUGCUGUAGCCAUGGCCCCGAUCAAGGUGGGAGAUGCCAUUCCGUCGGUGGAGGUAUUUGAAAAGGAGCCUGGGAACAAGGUGAACCUGGCAGAGCUGUUCAAAGGCAAGAAGGGAGUGCUGUUUGGCCUCCCUGGUGCCUUUACCCCUGGUUGUUCCAAGACCCACCUGCCAGGGUUCGUGGAGCAGGCUGGCGCUCUGAAGGCCAAGGGGGUCCAGGUGGUGGCAUGUCUGACAGUUAAUGAUGUCUUUGUGACUCAAGAGUGGGCACGCACCCACAACGCAGAGGGCAAGGUUCGGCUCCUGGCAGACCCCACUGGGACCUUUGGGAAGGAGACAGAUCUGUUACUUGAUGAAUCACUGGUGUAUCUCUUUGGGAAUCAACGACUGAAAAGGUUCUCCAUGGUGAUAGAGGAUGGCAUCGUCAAAUCCCUGAAUGUGGAGCCAGAUGGCACAGGCCUCACCUGCAGCCUGGCCCCCAACAUCCUCUCACAGCUCUGAGGCUUGGAGCCCCGAUAUCCUCCUUUGCCCGUUUCCUGUUUUACCUGCUCAAUCCUGGGCAGAGGGCCCCAGCCUAGCCUCACCUGUGAUUACUUAGCUGAAAUCUUGGCCAAAUUUCUGCAAUAAACACUUCUGGUUCA